AUGGCAAGCCUGUUCCGAAAUCGCAGCUUGCGUCGGCAGCAACGCAAAGCUGCGCGCCAACAAAAGCGCGAGGCUCAACAGGCCACGCCUGCUGGAUGGCAGGGCAUGCCAGAUGAUGCCCUGCUUGCCUUUCGCCGUGAACAAGGUUUAGUUGCGGGCACAGAACGCCUCAUGGACUGGGGUGAAGUACGUCACAAUGUGAAACCACGCAAGGAAGCAUUCAUGAUGAUGCAGGCCAACGACGGCUCGUGGCAAGAUAUCCGCCUCGUCCUCCAUGCAACCUACCUCUCAGUGCAAAAGUUUCAGACACAAGCCCGGGCUCUGGUGGAGGGUGUACCUCUCCUGCAAGUCACCCAGGAGCAGGCCGCUGACAUUUUGCAUCGUCAGCUUGACAAGGUAAUGCUCGCCAGCGCCAAGGUUGUUCGGGUACCCCUUGCUUGCUGUGCUGUUUCACGUUUCGUGGACAAUGGCGAUGCUUACCACCUGGGCAUGCUCGCCUCGUGCACCGCCAGAAGCCACAACGCGUUUGUUGUUCGGUCGGCUCACGAUGUCACGGCAUCUGUGGUCCUGCGUCCACGACUCGUCCUUCGCAUGGGCCGCGUGCACGAGCGCCUCGCGGAUGGCACGUGGCGAGAUUUUUUCAUGGUCCUCACAGACCACGACGUUGCCUUUUAUAAUGCGGCGCCAUCCAAGUCCGAGGACCUUCGACAUGCUGUCACAGCCUAUCCACUUCUUGCCGUUCGCUACGUCUCUGGCCAUCGCAAGGUUGAUCCUCAAAGCACGGUGCGUGACGGGUCUUUAUAA